CUUAGAUCUGCCUCCUCUCGGAUUUCAUUCGGCCUUUUUCGGAAAACACCAUACCCAAAGGCUCUUUUAAGAGCCACCACCUUCGUCUCGAAAGGAGCUGAAAGUCUCUUUAAUUCUAGUUUAAAUGCUUUGAAAAAUUUAAAACACUCAGCGAUGUAUCUAUACGUACUUAUUCUAAUCCUGUCUCAACAACCAAAGGGUAGGUUAAUGGAAUGGUUAAAACAUCGGGAGACUGAGUUCUAAGCCCGGUUAGGCACCAAGGUAGGUGGGAGCCAUUGGGCUAAUGGGCUUUAGCAAACAGCCAGGGGCGAGCCGUUUAUAAAAUUGUUUUAAGAGAAUUACGAAACUUCCAGGAGGGAACAAUUGACGCGCAUGCGCACACGGUAGCAGCUAGGGUACUCUUGAAACUGCUCAACUAGUAGGAUGGUUUGUAAAAGGCGCUGUUGUGUAGGGUGUUUUAGGUUUAAUUUCGAGUUCAGAAACUACUUGGGAAGCGAAUGUAUUUAAAUUUAGAAUGGCAUAGGCAUUUUCUUAAAUCCUGAAAUUUACCAAGUUUCAUUUACUGCUUAAUUUUUUCUGGAUUUAGGCAAAAGGUAUCUAGCAACAAAUGGAAACUACCUUGCUGGAUUACAGGUGAUUGACUAAUAAAAUGAACUAAGAACAAGCCCUCUGCUUGAUAAUUAUUCCGAAUCCGUCUUGAUUUGGGCACAGUCUAAAAGAAGAGGUAUGGCAAUCAAAGAAGAGAAAUGCUAAGAAAAAAUAGAAGAAAACUAUCCACGUUUCUGCUGUAUAUAUAGAGCAGAGCACUUAUUUCUUCAGAUCACUAAUAUAUAUGCUUGUCACUGUGUUCUGAGUAUUCCUGUUCAGUCAGUUACACUGUGGACCCAUUAAAUCUUUUAUCUUACUGGAUAAAAUACACUACUCAAGAUCUUUCUCACCACUGAGAAUUUCCCAGCCACCAGGUGUUGCCUGGGCGCCUUGGCUUUCAAGGUUUGGAGAACAGCUUACAGAAAGAAAAAAGAUUGUCACUGAAAUUAAUGGAGAAAGAAGAGAAAAUCUCCUGAACGCUGCAAAAGAGAUAUUGAAACGGCUGCACAGUAGUUGAAAAAGCUGGUAAAAGAAAACAUGCUAUGCAAAGUUGCAGUCCAGAUUACUGUAGCUGUCCAUUGGCUUAUUGCAUAUAAAUAUGGUGCAGGCAGUGGGGCUGUGGUAGAAGCUUCAAUAAUCCCAGUUGGAGACCCUAAUAUAGCAGUGGGAAAACUUUCAUCCCAGUCUAGUACAUUUGAAGAAAAAGGGGAGUCAUGGAAGGCCAUUGAUGGAUCCCUGGCAAAUAUCUACACAAAUGGAGACUGCACUCUGACAAAGAAGGAUUUUGAGCCCUGGUGGAUGGUAGAUUUGACUUCAGAAUUUCAGGUAUCUGCAAUAGUGAUCACAAACAGAGGAGACUGUUGUGAGUCACGAAUAAAAGGCGCUGAGAUUCUGAUUGGAGAUUUACCACAGAAGGGCGGCACAAUGAAUCCCAGGUGUGCUACAAUCAACAGCAUGGAACGUGGGGAAACAAUGUCAUUUAACUGUGCAGGCAUGCAAGGACAGUAUGUGACCAUCACAAUCCCCGGGAGAUACGAAUACCUAACAAUCUGUGAAGUGCAGGUGCUUGCACAUCCAUGGCUUCAAAUAGUUCAUGAUGGAGGAAGGAGUCCUGUUCGAGACAGUGAAACUGACUCAGGUCUACAAGGCAGAGUUCUGAGUUUCCCCAAGGAAUCAAAAGGCAGUUUUGUGAUCAUAUCCCCAAUGCGGCAUUUGAAUUUGAUGGAAUUCACACUCUGUAUGAGGAUUGCAGUAGAAUAUUUAGGUGAACACAACAUAAUUCUCUUCUCCUACCUUUCUCAAAGUGAUGAAUUGAGAAUCUUGCGUGAAGCAAUGGGCCACUUUGGUUUACACAUGGGGGGUAGGAGUGUGAGGUUUGCCCUUCCUGAUCUCAGCCCUCUGGGGAGCCACAUCUGUGUCACUUGGGAGUCAGUAUUUGGCCUUACAGCCUUUUGGAUGAAUGGAAAAAGUAGUAUCCGAAAGGUGUAUAAUAUGGGACACAUUCUACAAGCAGGUGGCACAGCAAUGCUUGGCCAGGAUCAAGGGGCACAAAAUGUGUCUGAUCAGAAAAAGGCAUAUUUUGUAGGAGAAAUAACAGAUCUCUACAUGUGGGAUUAUGUACUAAAAUCACAUGACAUACAGAAAGUUUUCCAGGCCCAUGAGUUUCCCAGCGGAAACAUCUUUGACUGGAAAAUAUUGUCAUAUAAAAUUAGAGGUAAUGUGAUGGUAUUGCCUAAGGGCUAAUAAUUCUGUGUGUACAUAUAAAUAAGUAUGGAAAUACAAUCCUAUUUCAUUGGGCAGCAAGUAAAUAAGCAAUAGUGGUAUGAUAUCUAAGAUGUUGAAGCAUAAGUAGUGAACAUUUUCUUCUUAGUUUGUAACUGUUCAUGUUAAAAUUCCUUGAAUGAACCCAUGAAAAUAUAAAAAAUAAAAUUGUCUUAUGAAUAA